CACCGCCACAAAUAAUACCGGAAGUAACCGUCACUGUAAGCGGAAAUAUACAUUCGUGGUCUUGAUUUGAAGCAGACUCUAAUGAGUUUAGUCUCUGUUACUCACACAUUGCACUACCUACAAUCACAAGCAUCAUGAGCCUGACCGCAAUUGCGCCUGGAGGAGGAGCUAGUAUAGGACUGAUCAAUCCCCAGCCCCGCCAAUCGAGACCUACGACUCCAUUUCUCGGCCGCAGACUCAGCCUCAAACCCGCUUCAAAACCCAUAAUUUCAAACCCUAGAACACUUGCAGUUUGGGCAUCGGGAGGCGAAUUGGUCGAUGUGGUACGCAAUCUUUUUCUGGGUGUUGGGGUUGGGCUGCCAUGUACAGUCAUGGAGUGUGGCGAUAUCAUAUACAGAAGCACUUUACCAAAAUCAAAUGGGUUGACACUCACCACUCCCGGUGUACUUCUGGCUGUUGGUGCUCUCUCGUACCUUUGGGCCACUCCCGGUGUGGCUCCAGGGUUCUUUGAUAUGUUUGUUCUUGCGUUUGUUGAGAGGCUAUUUAGACCCACUUACAGAAAGGAUGAUUUUGUUUUGGGGAAGAAGUUGGGUGAGGGAGCUUUUGGAGUAGUGUAUAGAGUUUCGUUGGCCAAGAAACCUUCUUCAAAGAAGGAUGGUGACUUGGUCUUGAAAAAGGCUACUGAAUAUGGAGCGGUGGAAAUUUGGAUGAAUGAGCGUGUGCGAAGGGCUUGUGCAAAUAGCUGUGCUGAUUUUUUAAGCGUCAUCAUGAAAAUAUUUCAGAGUUCUUCAAAGAAAGGAGCUGAAUAUUGGCUUAUAUGGCGGUUUGAAGGGGAGGACACACUAGCAGACUUGACACAGCGAAAAGAGUUCCCCUACAAUGUUGAAACCAUGAUUCUUGGAGAGGUGCAGGAAUUGCCUAAGGGUCUGGAAAGGGAAAACGCAAUCAUUCAAACUAUCAUGAGACAGCUAUUAUUUGCAUUGGAUGGUCUCCACUCAACGGGGAUUGUGCAUAGGGAUAUUAAGCCACAGAAUGUAAUUUUCUCUGAAGGGUCUCGCACAUUCAAGAUCAUUGACCUUGGAGCUGCAGCAGAUUUGAGAGUGGGCAUCAACUAUGUUCCAAAGGAGUUUCUUUUGGAUCCUAGAUAUGCUGCACCAGAACAAUACAUUAUGAGCACACAAACUCCAUCUGCGCCCUCAGCUCCAAUGGCAGCUGCACUUUCUCCUGUCCUGUGGCAGCUGAAUUUGCCAGAUAGGUUUGACAUAUACAGCGCUGGCCUCAUAUUCUUGCAAAUGGCAUUCCCAUCAAUACGCAGUGAUAGUAGCCUCAUACAAUUCAAACGGCAGCUAAAACGCUGUGAAUAUGACUUAAAUGAAUGGAGGAAAAGUGUGGAACCUCGAGCCAGCCCUGAUCUCCGUAGGGGCUUUGAAUUGUUGGAUUUAGAUGGAGGGGUAGGGUGGGAGCUUCUGACAUCAAUGGUUCGAUAUAAAGCACGCCAACGAAUUAGUGCCAAAGGGGCUUUAGCUCAUCCCUACUUUGAUAGAGAAGGCAUAUUAGCUUUGUCAGUCAUGCAGAAGUUAAGGCUUCAGCUCUUUCGGGCUACACAACAGGAUUACGGAGAAGCUGUAAGCUGGAUAAUUCAGCUAAUGGCAAAAUCUGGAACAAAAAAGGAUGGAGGGUUCACAGAAGGACAGCUUCAAGAGCUCAGAGAGAUGGAGCCUAAGAAGAAGGCAACUGUAGGAAGGAAUGCUCUAGCCUCCGUCCUUCGGCUUCAAAGAAAGAUCAUAAAAACAGUAAACGAGAGCGUGGAUGAGCUCAACGUACGCAGGAAGAGCUUCUGGUGGAGUAGGUGGAUCCCCAGAGAGGAAUAGUAUUUGAAUCUUAAAGAAAUCUCCUGAAAUCUAUCGGCUGUAUGCGUAGGCUCACGAGUUAACUUAUAUAAGAAAGUAACUGAAUAAAGUGCAACUGCUUGGAAGUCUGAAGACCUGCAAUAAUUUCAGAGGCAAUCGCUGCAGUAUAUAUGUAGUGAAAUUUCUUUCAACCCUUGUCAAAAUGGGAGUCCCUCUAUUUAUGGGUGCAUUAUGGUACCCGUCAGAUGAUGUAAGUCAUGUCAGAGCCUUUGGGUCAGAUGAUGUAAGCCAUGUCAGAGCCUUUGGGCCCGUAAGGUGACUGUUUGAGUAGGUGGGCUUUGGGCCUGUGGAGCUUGGUGAGGCCUACGAGCCUAUUCAUACCUAGCUCAACAUAAUGGAUUUGGAAAUUGUACCAAAUUUGGCCCAA